ACUUGAUUCACUCACAAAAUUCGACAUCAUGGCUGUCGGCAAGAACAAGAAGCUUUCCAAGCGCGGUGGUAUCAAGAAGAAGACGGUGGACCCCUUCACCCGUAAGGAGUGGUACAACCUCCGUGCCCCUCUCUUCUUCUCCCAACGUGACCUUGGCCGAACCCCAGUCAACCGAUCUCAGGGACUGAAGAACGCCAACGAUGCUCUCAAGGGACGUGUCAUCGAGGCUUCCCUUGCGGACUUGAACAAAGACGAUGAGCAGACUUUCCGCAAGUUCAAGCUGCGUGUUGAAGAGGUUCAGGGUCGCACCUGCCUCACCAACUUUUACGGCAUGGACUUCACUUCCGACAAGAUUCGUAGUCUUGUUCGCAAGUGGCAGAGCCUGAUCGAGGCUCACCAGGACGUCAAAACCACCGACGGCUACCUUCUCCGUGUCUUCGUCUUCGCUACCACUAGGAAGCGCGCAAACCAAGUCCGCAAGACCGCAUACGCCCAAUCUUCUCAGAUCAGGCAAAUCCGUCACAAGAUGUUCGACAUCGUCAACCGCGAGGCAUCAGGCUGCGACAUCAAGGAGCUGAUUGCCAAGCUGAUUCCCGAGGUCAUUGGCCGAGAGAUCGAGAAGGCCUGCCAAGGCAUCUACCCCUUGCAGAACGUCUACGUUCGCAAAGUCAAGGUGCUCAAGGCUCCCAAGUUCGACCUCAACAGACUCUACGAGCUUCACGGAUCAUCCUCUAACGAUGACACCGGCUCAAAGAUCAAGUCGACCGGAGAAUUCAAGGAAGGACCCGCGCUCACCAGCGUUUAAAGUGUUGACCGCGCAUCUUUCCACUUCUACUUCGACGAGGUCUUGGCCCUGCUCUCAUGUCGUUCUCUUGCCUCGGCUGUACUCCCACCAUCAUGUCAUGCACACUCAAAACGACCCGCAGGAUCGGCGGGUCCUGCGCUCGUGCUCCAUGCAACAUCCGGACCAUCAUUUUAGUCGAUGGAUCCAAACGUGCGACGCUCGGCGAGCUAGCACGUCAAUCUCCGCAAUACAAAAUCACUUGAGACGCUCAGGCUAAAGAUAUUUUGUCGAGUGAUGAAAACAUUGGAUUCGUGA